CUUCACUUGGUCUGCAUUUUGGUUGGCGGUAGUACUCUACUAUGUCACCGGCCGGUGUGGGAAUAACUCUAUCUUUCCAUAGAAAUCUCGCCCACAAAAGCUUCAAGCUUCCCAAAUGGCUCGAAUACUUCUUCGCCUAUUGCGCCGUUCAUUCACUUCAGGGAAGUCCUCUUGAAUGGGUUAGCUCGCACAGGAGUCACCACCAAUUUACGGACACCCCGAGCGACCCUCAUACCCCUCUUAAGGGUUUCUGGUUUAGUCACAUUGGUUGGAUCUUUGAUUUUCGCAAACGUUUUGGAAGUUACGAUGGACGGCUAUACAAUGUUGGAGAUUUGAAAAAACAAAGCUACUAUAAGUUUCUUCACUACACGUACCCUUAUCACUGUAUUGCUUGUGGAGUUGUACUCUAUCGCAUAGGAGGAAUGCCCUAUUUAGUUUGGGCACUGGCUGUGAGAACGGUAUUUUUUCUCCAUGUAACUUUUUCGAUAAAUUCUAUUUGCCACAUAUGGGGAAACCAAGCAUGGGAUACUGGUGAUUUGUCCAAAAAUAACUGGUUAUUUGGAUUGCUAGCUCAUGGAGAAGGUUGGCACAAUAACCACCAUGCUUUUGAGUAUUCAGCUCGACAAGGUUUUGAGUGGUGGCAAAUUGAUAUUACUUGGUAUCUAAUAAGGUUUCUUGAAAUUGUUGGUUUGGCAACGGAUGUUAAGCUCCCGACUGAGCUUCAGAAGAAUCGAAAAGCUUUAUCAAACAAAGCCAGUGGCAUGGAGCAGGAGGGAAGGUUCGAAGCAAAAGUGAAAUGAUUCAAAGGAAACCUAGUUGCUUAGAUAUAUUUUGAUAUAAGCAUAUGAGUGUGUGCAUGCAUUGUGUUAUUUAUAAAUAACAUUGCUUCUGUUUCUCUGUGAUGGAUUUGAUUUUCAAUACAUAUAGUUUUAUCAAUAUAUCUAGCUCCUUUG